GGUACUCGUGCAUAGCCCACCCCUCCCAACGCCGAUCCGGAUCCUGAUCCUGAUCGGGACGCGACUCGUCGAGAGGGAAGAGAGAUGAUGCCACCGGCGGAGGACACGGCCUCCUCCGCCGCGGUGGGCGGCGACGAUGACGUGGUCAGUCUCCUUCCCCUGGGGCUGGUCCGGGCGCAGCUGAUCGCUCCGGCGCCCAACCGAGGCGAGUCGGCGCUGGACUGGCUCCCGGAAUUCGGGGGGGCCUCGUGGGUGGCGUACGGCGCCGCCUCCCUCCUCGUCAUCUCCCACUUCCCUUCCCCUCUCUCCCACGCGGAGUCCCACCUCGGCCCUCUCUUCCACCAGGCCAUCGAGCUCCCUUCGCCGUCCCCCGCCCUCGUCAACGCCGUCUCCUGGUGCCCCGCGGUCCCCUCCGAGGGCGAGGUCGCCGCCGCGCUCGGCAGCAUCAUCUGCGUGUAUUCGCCCGUCCCCAGCCCCGACGGAUCCGGUUCUUUCUUUUGGAAGCAGGCUGUGGUCAUUGAAGAGACCUUUCGAGUAGAGGCAGUCGCAUGGACCGGUUCUGGAGACGGGCUUAUAGCAGCUGGCAGUGAUGUCGUCCUCUGGGUUCGGAAGCAAAAAUCCUGGGGACUGGGUUGGAGGUCAAAGGCAAGAGUGCCUCAAUCUCUUGUCUCCGCAACAAGGUUUGCCGAGGGCCCAGUUGCAACAGCUGCUCGCUCGGCCGUGCGUCGUGCUGGUGCAGAUGCUGAUGAAGAACUCUGUUUGUCUGGAGAGGAGUGCGGGCAAGUUUUAGUCUAUCUUACUGAUGAUAAAUCUGGGCUCACAGAAGUUCAUCUCUGCCAUCCUCAGGCUGUCUCAAUGAUUCAAUGGAGGCCGUCUGCUAGGGCAGAAUCGGAGGCAGGCGUUUCACAUGUAUGGAGGGAUGUCCUUCUGACAUGCUGCGUAGAUGGCACGGUAAGACUCUGGACUGAGAACGACAAUGGUCGGCCUAGAAAACUUGGUAGAGCUGCGCAUUCUCCUAAGGCUAUGAGAAAAUCUUUCCAUGUUGUCGCAGCGAUUGAGAUAAACAAUAUUUUGAAGGGGAUUCUUGGGGCCGAUACAUUUGUAAAAUGGGCCAUAGAAUUUGAUGGUGUGAUUUCUAAAGAUGAAGGGGGUAGGUGUACACUGUCGUCAGGUCGUCUCGAGCGUCAUCCGGUUGGGAAGUGUGAAUGGCUAAUCAGUGUAGGCCCUGGAUUCUCUGUUACCUUUUGGGCUGUCCAUUGUCUUGACGACGUGUCUCCUGCCAGGUUUCCACGGGUAACUCUGUGGAGGAAACAGAAUAUUACUUAUGACAAGGAAAAUAAAGUUAAUCAUAACUUUCGAAAUUCUGGCGACCAGCCUAUACUUAUGAAAGUCAUAACUUAUAGAAGAGUACUUUCUGGUCCUCCUGUCGCAUGCUCUUUGCUUCAGUUGCUGCCUGGUAGUUUAUUUGGUUGGUCAAUGAUAUACGGUCCAAAAGUAGAUAGUGCAGAUGGAGUUUCAACUAAAAGCGUUAACGAGAGAGUCCUUUCUUGUUAUAAAAGGGGAUUUCUGUGUAAAGAUGGCCACGCCGGUAAUAUCAUGCAAGUCUCUGUCCAUCCAUAUGGUUCUGAAAUUGAGCUAGCUGUGUCGCUGGAUUCUAGUGGUGGGCUUCUUUUCUGGUCUCUUUCUACCUUCUCUACUUCUACCUCGAACUCUCUAACACUCUUGCAUCCUCCGUGGAGUUUCUUGGGUAAAGUUGAUUUACGAGAAUUUUCCCCAAAUAUUGGAUACUCUUGUCUGAGUUGGGCACCUUCGGUACUAGAUGAGAAGCGUUUUCUUCUUUUGGGAUCUGAAAAUGGAAUUGAUUGUUUUAUUGUUAGAAUUCCUGGAAAAGGGGCAAACAUUUCAUGUUGUAAGAUUUUUACAAUCCUCUAUGAUGAUGGCAAUUUUGGAAAAGGGCCGCCAGAUCGUAUUUAUGUUACGCCUUUGGCUUCCAAUUGUGGGGCAGCUUUUUUCGCUUGUAGUUUUGUGCUAUUUUGUAUUUGGAGGAAGAGGUUUCAAGCUUCAUCAUGGAAAGUUAUCCUGCACUCUGAGACAUCAUCCGGAAACAAUUGUGAAUGUGGUUUUGACGCUAUUCCAAUUUCUGUCUCGGAAAAACGGAGAUAUGUUAGUUCUUUUGAAGGCAAAACAUAUUAUGCUACCAUAUUCCCAGGCUCGUCAGUUUUACCAGCUCCCCACGAUAGUGACCAAAUAACCUCUGUUGCUGUAAUUUCUCCGUCUAGCACUUUGGUAUCUAUGCAACAAUGUGCUUCUUAUUACAACAGGUCUUGUGGCCUCUCGCCAAGUUAUCAUAUGGCUACAGGCUGCUUUGAUGGCACGUUGAAACUUUGGAAAAUGUCUGGUGCUCAAAGUGUUUCUCACUCCGAUUCUCACUCCGAUAGACAAACCCUCCACUGGGAGCUCAUGGGUAUGUUCACUGCACAUCAAGGACCUGUUAGUGGAGUUGCUUUGUCCAGUUGUGGCCGUAAAAUAGCUACAGUCAGCUCAAGUGGUCAAGCCAAUAUCACCAACCUUCAUAUCUGGGAGCCUGUGUGUCUGGUUGGUGGUGGGGGUUUCUUGUUGGAGGAUGCAAUAACAUUGCAAACCACUGUUCUCGGUUUAAGUUGGUCAUCUUUGGGCAAUGGCCAGUUAUUGCUUGGAGUCUGUAUGCCAAAUGAGUUACGUGUAUAUUUUCGUAAAAGACCUUCUGAUCAGAAUUCGGUACAUCCAGUGGAAUCAGAAGAGACGCAUCUUUGGUUUUGUGUUGCGAUGUCACAUUCUUCUUCUGACAUUAAGGACUUUCUUUGGGGUCCGAAGGUAACUCCUGUGCUUGUCCAUGAGAAACAUCUUUCUCUCUUCAGUCAGUGGUUAUUCAGAACAGAUAUCAGAGAUAGUAUUGAUGAUUUUGUUGCUUAUGCUGCUAAAUUGCAUGAGUUGUCUUCUGCUGCAGAUAGUGCUGAAAAUACUUUCUGUGACAGUCAAUCUUCAGAUAAUUCUAGAGAGUGGAAAAACAGUCACAAAUAUUGCAGUUUGCUUCCGAGUUUGUCCCAUCAAAAAAGCACUCCUGAUUAUCUUAAGGGAGUUUAUAAUUUGCUGGAUAUAACCGAUAAAUUGGGCGGACCAUUGCCAGUCUAUCACCCCAAGGCACUCUUUCAGUAUCUUUAUUCAGGUAACUGGAAACGUGCACAGGUUGUUCUGAAGCAUCUUGUAGAUUCUCUAAAGACCCAUGAAACUUCAAGCAACAAAAAUUUGGCUUGCAGUAGAGGUGGUAAAUCAUGCCAUGAUGUUCCUGAAAUCGAUUUGUCCGAAUAUUUCAUGGAUACUGCCUCCACUAAUUUUUCCAAUGAAGGAUUACAAUGGGGUCAGAAUAUUAGUACUGGAAUAUCUGGAUUAAAGUUCCAUUCAGACGUGUUUCAUAAUAUUGAGAGUAGUUCAGGGAUGAACGUUUCCACUACCUACUCUGAAAAAUCUGAGAUCGUAAGUUUCAUUGACACUCUUCAGAACUGCUGUGCCAUUGCUGCAAUUGCUGACACAGAAAGAACGCAAAUCCUUGCAAUCAUUGAACUUUUGGGUGAAAUCGGUGAUUCAGCUCAUGCUUCUGUAUACAAAAGCCUUGAUGAACCGGGUCGGAGGUUCUGGGUAGCUGUGCGGUUUCAGCAUCUAUAUAUGCUUCGAAACGUUGGUAAUUCAGCCCAGAAAGAAAUGCUUGUUGAUUCACCGUCCAUUGCAUGGGCCUUCCAAUCUGAUUGUCAAGAUGAUCUGCUUAAUUCUGUUCUGCCCCCAGAGCCAACUUGGCAAGAAAUGCGAAAUCUUGGUGUAGGACUAUGGUACACCAAUAUACCACAGCUGCGGGCAAAGGUCAAGUUUUGGCUGGCCUCUUCAAGAUUAGCAAAAAUGAGAAAGACAAAGUACUGUUUGCAUUUCUCUCACGCAAUUUUGAGGAAGAGAAAAAUAAAGCUGCUGCUCUGAAGAAUGCUUAUGUUUUAAUGGGAAGGCAUCAGUUGGAGUUGGCUAUUGCUUUUUUUAUUUUAGGAGGUGAUCCGUCCUCUGCUGUGACUGUAUGUGCUAAGAACCUUGGGGAUGAACAACUUGCUCUUGUAAUUUGUCGACUUACUGAGGGAUAUGGAGGACCUCUAGAGCAUUCUCUAAUUUCAAAUAUUUUGCUUCCUAAUUCAGUCGAAAAAGGUGACUACUGGCUUUCAAGCCUGCUUGAAUGGACAUUGGGAAAUUUCUUUCUGUCACUCCAGCGGCUUUUUGACGCUAAACCUGUGACUGAUAAGUCCUGCAAUUUGUGUGACCGUGCUGUCAGUUCAGACCCAGGUAUCAGUCAGUAUUGUGCAAUAAUUGCAACCAAAAAUAAUUUUAGAAAUUCUGUUGGUGAUGCUUUGGCUACAAGGUUGUCCAAACUAUCAACAUCACUGACUGCAAGCGCCUUGAACAGAUGUGGACUCUCUCUUGAAGCAUUGGAAUGCUUAUCCUCUACGUCAAAUGUGGAUACCAAAGAUCAAGACAACUCAUUAUAUGAUGGAGAUAAUAAGAUUUUUAUUGAAAUACUUAAGUGUUUAUUUGGUUCUGGUCCUAAUUGGCUAUCAGGAGAUGCCGUUAGUUACUUUGAUUUGAAGUUCAAACUAAACAUGGCAUUAGAAUACAUAUCAAAGUUGAUGAAGGGUCAUCCACAAUGGCCACAAAGAGAUCUAGCUUCAAUGGGAGAAAUAGCUAACUAUGAAGAGAAUAAUGAUCUUCAAAUAGAAGAGCUCAGCAGUGGUGUCAAGAUGGUUGUUUCAAUAUUUGAAAAGAAGUUUGCACUGAAGUUUGUCGACUUGGCUGAAAUGAUCCUAGUAUUCACCUGCAACGAGGGAUUGCUGUUUCUUGCAUACCUGUUGUUACAGCACAACAGAUCUAGCAAAGAUGAGGCGGAUAAUUACGGUCUUAAAGAUUCUAUCCUAACUCCUACUCUCCGAAGGCUGCUUUUAAAGGCGAGCAAAGAUAUCUGCUUUCUUUUUGCUGGACGCAUUGUGUUCUACAGUUUCACUGAUUCCACAUUGAAGUUGAUCCACAAAGAAAGCUUCUCAUUUGCAAAUUAUUGUACUGGAGGAUUUUGCCUGGCAAAUUUAAUCUGCUUAUUGAGGAUCAGUAAAUCACUUUUGAAUCAUUAUGAUAAAGAAAUAUUUUCAAAAGAUAGUGCUCUGAGUAUCUCUGCUAUUUUUGACCUUCUUGAAUUCAGUGUAGAGUUUGCUUUCACUUGGUUCAGAAAAGAUGUGAAAAAACUAAUUAUGUUAAUCCGUCCAAUCUUAGAUGCAGUUGUCACAGGCGACUCCUCUAUACCAGUGAAACUAGACGAGUUAAUGAAAAUCUUACGUCAAAACUUUUGUGGUACAUCAAAUAAUGGUUCCUGCCAAGGGAGACUGCUUACACAUAGUGAGGAUUCCAUGCCACCUCUUGAUGAAAAGUGGCAUGUGGUAAGUGCUUGCCUCUGGAUACACCUUUCCACCUUUGUGAAGAAAUACUUGAGCAAUUUUCUGGUGACAGACAGUCUUGAGGAUGACUGCAGUAUGCUGGAUGUAGACUUGAUUAAUUUAUCCCCUUUCCUUGUUGCCAAGUUUGUAAUGAACUCACUGGAUUGCAUUUCAUCUUCAUUGACAAAGCAGUUUGCAUCAUUCUUGAGGCACAAAAUGUUGAAGAAUUUACCUUCAAACAUUCUUAUCUUGUUGGAUGCAAAUAACUGCUCUCAGCCGGGGUCUUUAAAUUAUUAUCAAAGUCAGCAGAUUGGUAAUUUGGAUGUGCCUGACAAUAAGGACGACGAAUCACUGUUCAACUUAUUAUGGGAAAUAUCUGUUAAACCUCAGGAUAUUUGUGCUGGUUUUGUGAACGAAAGAGUUGAUUGUUUCCCUUGUAACAAUCCAAAACUCUGUGGAUUCUGGAAAGUCAUGGAAAGAGGUAUUUUAGUUGAAGAGAAAAGUGAUGCUUCUCUGAAUGGUAGCUCAGAAGACAAAUCUAAUAGUACAGCUCCUAAUAAUGGAACAGGACGAGGUCUUAAUAGCAGGGUCGUAGUUACUGAUGGCCCUCUAGAUACAGAGAGGAAAGACCCAAGUGAUGAGAGAGCGAUUAGUUACUUUAACUACCCAAGGGAACUAAUCAAGAGAAAUGGAGAACUUUUAGAGGCAAUUUGUUUCAACUCUAUGAAUGAGCAGCAAGUAGCUGUUGCAAGCAACCGAAAGGGCCUUCUUUUUUUCACCUGGAAGGAUGAUGAGCAACAUUACGAAGAACAGACAGAUUACCUCUGGCCAGAAUCUGAUUGGCCACCGGAUGGAUGGGCUGGUGGUGAAUCCACACCUAUUCCAACAUAUGUUUCUCCUGGUAUUGGUCUUGGAAGCAAAAGAGGGGCCCACCUUGGUUUGGGUGGAGCGACAUUGGGCUUAGGUUCAUUGGCUAGACCAGGGAGAGAUCUGACAGGUGGUGGAGCUUUUGGAAUUCCGGGUUAUGCUGGUAUUGGAGCCUCUGGUCUGGGUUGGGGUGAACAGGAAGAUUUUGAAGAGUUCAUCGAUCCACCACCGACAGUUGAGAAUGUGCAUUCACGGGCGUUAUCUUGUCAUCCCUCACAGCCUCUUUUAUUAGUUGGUUCUAGCAAUACGCAUGUGUAUCUAUGGGAGUUUGGCAAGGACACAGCUCUGGCAACAUAUGGUGUACUGCCUGCUGCUAAUGUCCCUCCACCUUACGCGCUUGCGUCGGUCUCUGCCAUCCAAUUCGAUUUCUAUGGCCACCGAUUUGCUAGUGCUGCACUUGAUGGAACAGUUUGUACAUGGCAACUUGAGGUUGGGGGAAGAAGCAAUGUCCAGCCUAUAGAAUCCUCUCUUUGCUUCAACAACCAUGCAUCUGAUGUUGCAUAUGUGGGUGCAAAUGGGUCAAUUGUUGCUGCAGCUGGAUUUAGCUCAAACGGCGUCAAUCUUGUCAUCUGGGACACAUUGGCUCCUCCAUCCACGUGUCAGGCUUCUGUUGUUUGUCAUGAAGGAGGAGCUCGUUCUAUUUCUGUGCUUGAUAAUGACAUCGGAAAUGGAUCUAUUUCACCCAUAAUUGUUACUGGUGGCAAGAGUGGAGAUGUCGGGUUGCAUGACUUCCGCUUCAUUGCAACCGGAAAGACAAAGCAUCACAAGAGUUCUAGAGAGCAGGAUCUUAAGAGUACCAAUGGGAUGAUCUGGUAUAUACCAAAGGCUCAUCUAGGAAGUAUUACCAAGAUAUCAACUAUUCCCAAUACCAGCUUGUUCUUAACCGGUGGUAAAGAUGGAGAUGUUAAACUCUGGGAUGCCAAAAGAUGCCAGUUGGUUCACCAGUGGCCAAAAUUGCAUGAUCGGCAUACCUUUUUCCAGCCAAAUUCGAGAGGCUUUGGCGGAGUUGUUAGGGCUGCUGUCACAGACAUUCAGGUCUUGUCUCAUGGUUUUCUCUCGUGUGGUGGAGAUGGCUCUGUAAAGCUUGUCCAGCUCAGGAAUUUGCAACACCAAAUAUAAAGGGGAAAAAAAAGAAAAACAGUUCUAAAUCGUGGUCUUUCGGGUGUUUCUUUGUGGAAGCAUUUGCAGACCAAGGCUUAGCACUUCAAUUGGAGAUUUUGUAUAGCUUUUAAAAGAUGCGCUCGCGCUUGUUCCUUACGUAUUGAUGUGAAAAGCAGACUGCUUGCGUAUAUAUAGAGGGCGGUUUUUUCGGGAUGUUUGUUCUUUUGUAUGUUACCAGGUUUAAUACUUUUUGUUAACCAAUUUUAACGUCAAAAGCUUUCAUCAAGUGGUGGAGUUGAGGACUUGUCAAUGGAAAUACACAUACAGGCAGAGGAAUUUUGCUGUGCACCGCUGUUUGCCUGAUCUGUUUUAAUUUUUCGGACUCGCCGAAGCAGCAAAUGAUUGGUGGAACACAAGCUUCGAGAUUUGAUACAUGCUAUGUUUCUCAUUA